UGAAUCGUCGGUGAAGGCGAGGUCGGGAGCAGGGCGCCGCAGCAGUUCCCGGCGCCGGAGCCGCCGACAAACCCAUAUCGGCUGCGGCAGGGGAAGGCCCACCACACCGGCUCCACGGGGACGACGGAGAGGGCUGAGGCGGGGCCGCCGCUCCGCAGAGCCCCAUCGGCCGCCGCCGGCAGCAGCCGCCGGGAGCGGCGGUCCGCAGCUCUCCGGGGGUCCGUCAGUGCUGUGAGUGGGCUGCCAAGUGCAAAGAAGAAAAUACUUCCUGAAAACUUUUAAGUGGUCAUUUCGCAGUAUUUCAACUCUUCUGAGAAUGUCAACCCUUUUUUGAGAUAUGAGAAGAUAACAACUGUGUUUGCCAUAGAUGUCAGAAGCUGGCAGAAGAGAAGGGACAUUGAGGUUCUAUCAACACCAUGGAAAAGCUUUUGCUUUUGUAUUUAUUACUAUUCUACUGGCAUUUCCUAAAUGCUUUAUUCACAGUUGAAGCUCCCCAGUCACUCUACAUUGUGGAACAUGGGAACAAUGUGACCAUGGAAUGCACGUUUCCAGUGAAUGGGAAAUUAAAGUUUAGAGAUUUAAGUGUCAGCUGGGAAAAGAAAGAUGAGUUAAAGAAGCAGGUUUACGUACUUCUCAAAGGCGAGGAAGACUUCAGAAAUCAGCACAGUGACUUUAAGGGAAGAAUAAAAUUGUUGAAAGAGAAUCUGAAACUGGGACGGUCUCUCCUUCAGAUCACUGAUGUGAAGCUCAGAGAUGCAGGGUUUUACCAAUGCAUUAUUGGCUAUGGGGGAGCCGACUACAAGACAAUCAAUCUGAAAGUUAAGGCUCCCUACAGGACUAUAACCCAAGGAGUGGUGAGCACAGGACACAACGAAUGGAAGUUGACAUGUCAGUCAGAAGGACACCCACAAGCUGAAGUGAUAUGGCAAAACAGAGAAUAUGAAGAUUUGACUGAUAAGGCAAACACGAGUUAUGAAACUGGAAGUGACCAGCUGUAUCGCGUGACGAGCACUCUUACCAUCAAAAGUAGAAUUGAUGAGAUUUUUUACUGUAUAUUCUGGAAUAAAGAGCUGCAAGAAAAUACAUCUGCUAUUUUACACAUAACAGAUUCAGCUGAUGCUGUUCUGUGGACUGAGAGCAGACGGUUUGUUGGGGCAUUUCUCAUUAUGACUGCUUUCUCUGGAUCAGUGCCUCUAUUUAUGCUCUGCAUAAGAAAAGCUAGAGUAAAUAAGGACCACAGAACACCUGUGGCUAAUUCAGCAACAGCAGAGCUGCCAAAAGACAAGGAUACACAUGACUACAGAGAUGCUUCUUUUGAAGGAAAAGAGUUAAAAUAUAUGCAAAUUGAGAAGACCUAAAGAAAGUAGGUGAAGAUCUCUUCCUCUGUGGUGAAAGUUUGACAGCUCAGAUGUCCUGUGUUCUGUCUAUUAAGGGGGAUAUUAAUUUUUUGGUUUUAUUCUGUAAUGGCAAUCUUCUUUUGUAUUAACUCAGUUAUUGUCAUGUAAAAAGUCCUUGGAGUUUCUGCUUUCUCAAGUUCAUGCACUUUUAGUUAAAAAUAUCUCUAAGGUAAAGCACUUUAUGUCUAUGAUCAUAAUGAAUUUAAUAUUUAGUUCUUGAAUAGGGCUGCUUCUGGUCUUUUUUGGUUUAUUUGUUUUGUUUUGGCUCCCUUCUUCCCUCACCUCCCCAACUUCCCAACAUGCUUUUUGAGGCCACAGUCUGGGUGUCGCUGAAGGUGAUCGCCAAUUUUUAUUUAUUCCUGGAGUGCAAGAAUGGCUUCGGAAAUAUAAGGGCAAUUUGUAGAAAAAGCAUUGACUUUCAGCAACACACAAAUGUAGUUUCAUAUCAUCACAUAAAUAAUUCCCCUUCCAGACAACCUCUUCAUUUUCUACUUCCUCUUUGAGACUGCAACAGCUACUUGCAUAUUAAAGUAAAAGUGAAAAGUCUGCUCCUUUUAAUUAUUAUCAGCCUUUGCAAGGCAGUGCUACUAGUGCAUGCUUAGUUUCAUGAAACAAAAGCUGAUGUCUUCACCAAGCUCCAUGGACAGCAGGAACUGUUACAUUUAUAUUUUCCCAGCAGGAGAAAAGGUAAGUUUCUAUUGACAGUGCUGUAUAUCAGAUGAGUAAAGUAAUGAAAUAAAGUAAUAUAAAUAUUUUUUUAAAUUCCAUAUCUGAACCUUACCAUCCACAAUGCCAGUGCUUGGAUUCCUGAGUGGUUGACAGGAAGCUCGAAAUUUUGCUACUCCAUUAGACAAGCAGGUUGUGUGGCGGAUAACAUGAUGUAAAAAGCUGUACUUUAUAUUUCUCUGAUAUGCAAACCAGAACUUGUCUGAUCUAGUUUUAGUAAUAUUACAAAUAAGGCUUUUAGAAUAAGCUAAAUCUCUGGGCUUCAUUUUUAUGAAUAUAGGGAGACAGGCUCAUAAGCUCUUCCUCCAUGAGUAAUUUACACAAUUACUCAUGUGCAUCAUUGCACGAGUGCCAUGAGUUGUUUUGCACAAUUAGUUUCCGCUUAUGACAGAGGGGGAAUACACACUAACUGAAAAUAUGACAUAUUUAGGUAAUGAGAACUAGGUAAAAGGAAAUCCUUUCUAUCCUAACAGAAGAAAUGUAGUUAAGCACCAUAUUUAUAAUAAGAUUUUUUCCAUCAGUUAACCAUUUUUAUAUGCUACUUUAGAGUUUCUGGGUAUCUGGAAAAUGAAAUCCAGCAGGAAACUAGAACAGACUCUGCUUCAGCAGGGUGCAUUUUGCUUCUUAAUGGCCACGCACUCUUAGAUGCCAGAAAGUACUCAGAAAAGUCUGGUUCAUGUGCACAGUCUAAACUGACUUACUGGUAUUUGAGUUCAGGACUCAUUUAUUUGAAAACUGUAGUUAUGAACCAGUCUGGUGGACUGUUUUGUGAUGUGAUAUUUAAUUUUGUAGAACAUGAAUGCUAUUACUAAAUAAAAUUACAUUAAAGAAUAAUAAGAAAUAUAGAAUCAUUGCUAUUGACCUGCAGGGCUUUUCAUGGAGCAGCCUGCAGGGUGCUUUUCCCUUUUGGCCAAAAGAGUAACUUCAGUGUUCUUGAUUGACAUGUACCAACAGUGCAUCAUCCAAGCACAGGCUAACCAGCAAAAUGGUUAACAGUGGAAUUACUGCUUUUGUGGAUGUUACCGGUGGGACUUCUGGUUUUGCAGCACCUUCUCCCCAGUUCUCUGUUUCCUUCUCUAUAUUUCUCUGGUCCUGCCAUCUAGAGGAUUGUCCCAGCGAGGUACCUGUCAGGAUUCAUGAGAUGCCCAAAGCAGGUCACUGACUCUUGGGUGGUUGCACUGAGCUUUUUGCCUCCAUGUCGUAUGGAGCAUAUGAAGAAAACCUACUGUAGCCAGAGCUGGCUCAGAAUGAUAAGAAGAUGGUGAUGGUGACUGUGAAGUAGCUUUGGGCUACUUUUUCUCUCAGGUGGGAAGUGAUCAAGGAACUCUUUAAUCUUCCUUCCAGAAGCCUCAAUACGUGCAGGGAAACUAGACACCUAGGUGCAGGGGAGGUAGAGAUUCCUCAACAAACAAGUAAGGAAGUUGAGGACAGCGUUAGGCAAAAAAAGGGCUAAUCAGAAGAGAAGAACAUAACAAUCAACAAAACAAGGCUUCCCGCAGGACUUUAUGCAGGUGGAGAGUCUCCCUUGGACACUGGUAUUCUGCAAAGGCAUUUGCUGGGAAUCACCAUGACUCCAUCUGGGACAUCCAUCUUUUACAAUGUCUCUAGUAGUGGGUUAUCUC